AUGCUGACGAUGGAGACGGACCUCAAGGGCGGCAGCCUGCACGCCACGGUGCCGCCGCACCACGCGCUCCAGCACGGCUACGGCUCGCUGGGCGCGCUCGGUGGCAUGAUGGCGCUGCCGCAGCAGCAGCCGCUCGGCCAGCACCAGCCGCUGCAGCACCAGCACCACCAGCCCCUGCCGCAGCACCACCCGCAGCCACAACAGCAGCACCAUCAACCGCCGAACAACAAUAACAACAACAACAGUAAGAACUCCAACACGGACCGCGUCAAGCGUCCGAUGAACGCGUUCAUGGUGUGGUCGCGAGGACAACGCAGGAAGAUGGCCUCUGAUAAUCCCAAAAUGCACAACUCAGAGAUUUCGAAACGCCUCGGCGCGCAGUGGAAAGACCUCUCCGAAUCGGAGAAGCGGCCGUUCAUCGACGAGGCGAAGAGGCUUCGCGCCGUUCAUAUGAAGGAACACCCGGACUACAAAUACAGGCCGCGGAGGAAGACGAAGACGUUGGCCAAGAAGCAGGAGAAAUACCCGCUCGGUGGAGGGGCGCUGCUCGGUGCGGGCGACACGCAACGCGCCGCGGCUCCGGCGGCGCAGCAGCCCCGCGACGUGUACCAAAUGACUCCCAAUGGAUACAUGCCGAACGGAUACAUGAUGCACGACCCCAGCGCCUACCAGCAGCAGGCGUACGGCUACCCGCGCUACGACGUGUCCCAGAUGCAGCAGGGCGGCUACGGCGGCGGAUACGGCUACGGCGGCGGGCAGGGCUCGCCAUACCUGCCGCAGCCGCCGUCGCCGUCCGCGUACGGCCUCGGGCCCGGCUCCCCCGGCGGCUACGCGUUGCCGCCGUCGUGCGCGUCGCACUCGCCGAGCGGCUCGUCCGCCAAGUCGGAGCCGGUGUCGCCGGGCCCGCCGGGCAUGAAGCGCGAGUUCGUGGCGCACGAGCCGCCCGCGCAGCUGAAGCGCGAGUUCGUGCCGCACGCCCACGCGCACGAGCAGCUCGCCAUGAAGCGCGAGUACGGGCAGCAGGACCUGAGCCACAUCAUCAACAUGUACCACGUGCCCGACGAGCAGCGGUACGCGGCCGCCGGCGAGCGCGCGAUGCCCCUCAUC